AUGUUUCGGACUAUUGCUUGGUAUACAGUGGUUGUUGGUUAUGCAAUUCAGACCAAGGGGUUUUCUAUAAUCCAAUCUGAUAAGUUUCUAUCGCUGGAUUCAAUCAGAAGAGGUGGUCACUUAAAUGUAUCCAAAAUUACUAUGGAUCAAAUGAAAAGUGCAAUGACUUUUUACUUGACAUCUACAAAUUUCGUUGCUUUAAUGUUAAUUUUACCAAUUGCUGCAUUUCUAAGGAAAGAGCCUGGAUCAUCUAAUCUUAAUGAAUUCAAUUUUCAACCUUUAAAUUCGAAUGGUUCAGAGGAAUACGAAUUACAAGAUUUACCUUCUGAAAAUGGUAACGACAACGGAGAUAGAUGUAUCGAAGGAAGAUCACUUUCAAUGGAUUUAUCAUUAGAUAUAUCAAAUUUAAUCUCACACGAAGGAACUGCUCCAUCACCAUCAUCGUCAUUAUCAUCGUCAUCAUCUAGUACUCAUUUAAAUUCAAACUCUAAUUUUACUACAUUUUUGCCUUCACAUACAACCAUAUUUCAAACAUUAAGAGACAUUGUUGGAUGUAUUAUACCUUCUCACUCUUUUGGAUAUACAGCUGCAUAUAUCACAAAACUGGUUGUAUUGUCCUCUUUAUUAGUUAUACCUGUAUUUACAUAUAUGCUAGCGUUAUCUUUAUCUCCAGCAUUUGAUGUAGCAUUAAUUCAAAAUACCUCGAUUUUUGAAAUUGUCACUUUAUUAUACGGUGUCUGCGGCAUAUCUAAGAGAAAAUAUAUUUUUAGGAAUUUUCUUGUUAUGUGUGCUGCUUUGUUAGGUAUCUUAAUAAUCUCAUACACUAAAGCAACAUGUGAUAUCUUGGCUGGAAAAUUAUCUAUUAAUCCAACAACAGGUGAAAUAUCUGAUCCUUUCCUAUUUGAUAGAUUAAAGGCAUCUUUACUCUGUGGUUUAGGCAACUUACCUGUUGGUUUAUUUGCAGUUAUGUGGAAUUCUUGGUUUGGUCAAAGAUCGAACACUAUUCAACAACAGAGUGCACACUUGUCCCUUAUUGGGAUUAUUUCUCUUGCAAUGUUAGUACCAUUUGGUCCAGGUUUUAAAGUGUUUUAUGAAUGUAUCCAAUUGUUUAAUGGAGAUGGUUUAUUUUGGUCAACAUUGUUAGGUUCAGUAUUUUUAGGCACUGUUCCUUUUUUUUGUGCUUUGUUAUAUUUAAACAGGAUUUCAUCCCCAGAAUAUUUGACCACAUGUAACUUAGGUUCUAUAAUUUCUAUGGGCAUAAUGGAAUGGUUAGCUGAGCCAACUCAGACUACAAUUGUUAGAUGGGAAGUAGUCGGUUAUAUUAUGCUUUCUCUAAGUUGUCUGUUUUUGUCAAUGAUUUUGGUCUGA